AUGAGCAUAGGAAAUUCUUUAGGUGAGUAUGAAAAAGGACAGAUUGAUGCUUAUUUUCUAAUAGAAAUAAAUAUUAAGCAAAUUGGUACUAUAUUGGACAGAAGCAAGACUGCAAUUAGAAAUUAA